CUCAGUUCCCGUUUCACCCCGCCAAAACUCUAGAGCGCAGGGUCAUGUCCCUAAUCCAAGAGGCCACCACCCUCCCCCAACUCCUCCAAAUCCACACCCUCCUCCUCAAGACCUCUCUCGAUCGCAACAUCUUCGUCCUCACCAAAUUCCUCCGCCGAUGCUUCGCCUUUCCCUCUCGUCAGGCCUUGCCGCAUGGCCGAUCCAUCUUUGACGGAAUCGACGCCCCUGACGCAUUCUUAUGGAACACCUUGAUCCGCGCCUACUUGCAGGCGCAAGAGCCUGUUGAAUCCCUUCACCUUUUCCACAAAAUGAGGCUCCGAGAGGGUGUGGCGGUCGAUAGCUUCAGCAUCUCAUUAGCUCUUCAGGCGUGUGGGAGGUCCGGCGAGUCCAGGAUUGGUAGAGCAAUACAUACACAUUUGUUGAAGCUCGGAUUUGUAUCGGAUUUGUUCGUGCAGACGGCUCUCGUGGAGAUGUAUGCGAAGGUUGGAGACAUCGGUCUUGCAAGAAGGGUCUUCAAUGAAAUGCCUGAGAGGGAUUUAGUCUCGUACAAUGUCAUGCUGGCAGAGUACAUCAGGUGUGGUAAUGUCCAAGAAGCUCGUUUGUUGUUCGACGAGAUGCCUGAUAGAGAUUUGGUUUCUUGGAAUACCAUGAUCCAUGGGUAUGCAAUGAGCGGCGAUCUCCGUGCUGCACAAGAAAUAUUUGAUAGGACCCACGAGAGGGACUUGUUCUCUUGGAGCUCGAUGAUUUCAGCUUAUGCACAGAGCAGGCAGUCAAGCGGGGCAUUGAGGCUAUUUCAUGAGAUGCAGUUGGCAAAUGUGGCGCCCGAUAAGGUUACAAUGGUUAGCGUGCUUUCCGCUUGUAGUGAUCUGGGGGCCUUGAGCAUGGGGAAGGUGAUCCACAAGUUUAUAGAGAGGAAGGGAAUAGAAGUGGAUGUCAGACUUGGAACUUCUCUGGUUGACAUGUAUGCCAAGUGUGGAGAUAUCGAUAGUUCCCUUGGACUCUUCCAUAAGCUGUCUGAGAGGGAUGUUCUUACUUGGAGUAGCAUGAUCAUAGGGCUUGCAAACCAUGGGCUUGGGAUGGUUGCCCUUGAUUUCUUCUCUAAGAUGAUAUCUGAAGGAGUGAAACCAAAUGAGAUCACUUUUGUCGGAGUGCUCACGGCUUGUAGCCAUGCUGGUCUGGUCAGUGAAGGUAGGGCUCACUUUAACUCGAUGAGUGAUGUGUAUGGCAUUUCGCCUACUAUUGAGCACUAUGGAUGCAUGGUUGACCUCUUGGGAAGGGCUGGGCUUAUUGAAGAGGCGAGACAAUUUAUCAAAGAUAUGCCAUUUGAGCCAGAUGCAGUUGUCUGGAGGGCACUUCUUGGUGCAUGUCGGAUCCAAAAAAAUGUUGAGAUAGCAGAAGAAGCCAUAGCCAAACUUGUUGAUUUAGAGCCUCUUGUUGAUGGGCACUAUGUCCUGUUAUCAAACAUUUUUGCACAUGCUAACAGGUGGGAUGGUGUUGCAAACGUAAGGAAAAUGAUGAGAAGCAAAAGCAUUCAAAGGAUCCCCGGGAGCAGUUCAAUUGAAGUUGAUGAUACAGUUUAUGAGUUUGUUGCUGGUGAUAAAUCACACCCCAGGAGUGAUGAGAUAUACCGAAUGUUGAAUGAGAUUAUUGAUAGACUAAAACAAGCUGGAUACAGACCAAUAACGUCCUUGGUCUUUCAAGACACUGAUGAAAGAUCGAAAGAGUGCCUAUUGAUUCAACACAGUGAGAAGCUAGCAAUUGCUUUUGGAUUUCUGGCUUCCCCUCCAAAGUCUACCAUUCGAAUUAUGAAGAAUCUUCGAGUCUGUGAGGAUUGCCAUUGGGCCAUUAAGCUUGUGUCUUUAGUUUAUGAUCGCCAACUGAUCGUCAGAGACCCAAACCGGUUCCAUCAUUUUGCGAAAGGGGAGUGCUCUUGCAGGGAAUACUGGUGAGUUGGGACUUACUAAGUUAGAUCAUCAAGAGCAAUGCUUCUAUAAUAAAACUCACCAUUGAGCCUCGUAGAACUUCCCUCUUCUUGGAAAGGAGCUACCAGUACAAGUUAAGAUGGUUUGCUUUGCAAUCAACAUGCUGAAGCGCCCACCCCUGACUUCAAUUCAAACAUCUUCCAAACCAAGCUUACCCUCUCUGCCCUCCAACUAUAUGGCAGGAUGAAAUGUCUUGCCAUGGAGCACCAUUAUCAUAUGCAAUUCUGAAGGAUAAUGGUGCACUUAGCUACAUGUAAUCAAAGAAAGGAAGAAGAUCCACAAAUCAGGAGAUGGAAAGUCCAUUUGCACCAGGAACUGAAUGCAGGGAGUCUAGUUAGUCUCUUCUCCGUAUUCAGCGGGAUGGAUUCAUGAUCUAAGUGCUUAAUGGACAUGGAUUUAUCCAUUGAAAGGAUAAUUUGUGAUAGAGGUGGAAUUAUUUAUUUAUUGCA